AUGCAUUUCAUCAAAAGCCUAGGUAUUUUAGCACUUUCGUGUGGCGCGCUAGCUGGCAAUCUGACUGAUCUGGACAUCAAAGUUACUCACGAAAUUCCAGCAAGCGAAUGCAAGAUUAAAGCUACAGACGGAGACGUCGUCUCUGUGCACUACUCUGGCUCUCUCGUCGGCUCGGACGAAGUAUUCGAUUCCUCUUACUCGAGAGGUGUUCCUAUUUCUUUCGAAUUGGGAUCUGGCCGCGUCAUUCAAGGUUGGGAUCAAGGUAUUCUUGGGAUGUGCAUUGGCGAAAAACGUGAACUGCGCAUUCCAAGCAACUUAGGCUACGGGGCGCGUGGUGCUGGUGCAGUGAUUCCACCGAACGCAGACUUGUUCUUCGAGACGACUUUGGUGGACAUCAGAAGACGUGAUGAGCUUUGA